AAAGUCGAUGGACCAACAGAAAACCGUAGACUUUGUUCUGGUGCAAACAUGUUCGAAGGAAAUACCAACCGCUAUAGCCGGGUAUCGGCAUACAUUUUUCCGCAAAACAUUUCUAUGGAACAUCGGAUUUCCCAGCGCGACGAUUCUACUGGAUUCGAAGUGUCGGACCAAUUGGAAGAUGAUGAUCACGUACUAACAGCACGUAUUGGCAGUCGAAAGAGCUUUGUCUAUCGUUUGCGCCGCCUGUUCCUUAUCGAUAGACAACAUCCAAGUUCCGCGCUGCACUUCCGAUCGCACUGUCUGUACCGACGUGAGCUGGCGCGCCAAGUGCGCAGCGACUUUUGGUACAUCAUUCACCCAUUCAGCCAGUUUCGGUUCUACUGGGAUGUUUGGCUGAUCUUCUACUUUUACGCAGUUUCCAUGCUAUGUCCAUUCCUGUUUUCCUUCACGAAUUUGGUCCGAGCCAGUGGUAGAGCUUACAUAAUAUCCAUGGUUCUUAAUUUUAUUGCUACUUUGGACUUUGUGAUCCAUGCGUGUACAGGCUAUCUGGAAGAUCAAUUGAACAGAAAUGUCGUUUUGCACCAUGGAAAGAUUCUGCUAAAAUAUUUGAAGAGCGACAUGAUCGUCGACCUGCUGGUCAUGGCACCUUUAACCCUAUCUGUGGGAGUGUACUACAACAACGCUACGCACGCCAUAUCGCAAACAGUGGUAAUGGAUAUAGUUCACGGUAUGAUGAUGCUGAAGAUCAUUUCAUUGAGGCACGUUUGGGGGUAUUUGGAAAAUGUGUUUGAGCGUUACAAAAUUGAGUCGCUCAAAUACUACAUUGUGCGGAUCGUUAUGACUUCCGUGCUGAUCGUGCACUGGUGCAUUUGCUUGUACAAAAUUACCAUAUUCGAAUGGGAAGCUGAGCGUACAGGAGUAGCCAUAUCGUACAUGGAGGCCCUUUACCAGUAUGGCGUGUGUCUUUAUUCGGUGUCCUGGUUUAUGUUUGCCUACAGCUUUAUAGAUCGCGAAAUUCCCAGCGAUCCUCGGGCGAAGGCAUUUAGUACGGCGUGUAUUGUGAUUGGAUAUAUGUUCAAGCUUUUCAUAUUUUUGCAAAUUAUUAAUCUGGUCGAAAUAAUGAGCUCAAUGGAUCGCAAGUAUGCGGAAGUCACGAAUCAGCUGCAAACGUACGUUCGUACGAAGCAACUUCACACGGCCGAUAUGAAGCAACGGCUGCUGUAUUACUACGCCAAACGGUACGAACACUGCUUUUUCCAAGAAGACAUCAUAAUGGAAAGCCUAUCCGAAUCCCUUAAAAAACGAAUCACAGAUUACAGUGCGACAAACUUUUUGAAAACGGUAAAAAUAUUUGAUGGCAUUCCAAAUGAUCUGCUGCUUCCGUUGGUGGAAAGGAUGACGAAAGAAAUCUACUUACAAGAUGAUCUCAUCAUUAAGGCAGGAUCAUUUGGAGACAAAAUGUACUUCAUCAUUGUUGGCAUGGUGGCAGUCUAUACCCACAGUCGUAAGGAAAUUUGUCACCUGUCGGAUGGGGAUAACUUUGGUGAAGUGUCGAUGUUUACACGUAAAAAGCGCCUUGUCAGUGUUGUGGCGGUAGAGUUCACACAAGUGUACGUUAUCGACCGAAUGGCGUUCAAGAAUUUGUUUCCCGCCGAUCAUGUUGUAUACCAGCGCCUGCAGGAGAUGGCCAAUAAACGCAUGCAGAUAACGCUAGUGUUCGAAGAACAGCACAAAAACUAUCUGCUAAAGAUGGGAAUGAGUCAAAAUGAGAUCAAGAUUGGGAUAUGAUUCCAGAACGAGAAGAGUGGUCAGGCUUGCUCCGGUAUCGUUUGGAAGAAAGCUCCAGCUCGGUUGGUUGCCAAUGCUCAGUGUAUUUCCAGUGCUUAAUUUUGCUUCGGGUGUAGCCACACUUGAUGUGUAAAAUCGAUAAUGUUUUUGACACCUUUUAGGCAUGAGCAUCGAAAUUGAACCAGUUUGUGUACACGAAGCAAAUGCAAUCGUUGCAAAAGCAUAAUUGAGGAUGUAUGCGUUGGGGCAACUGGUUUUUGGACUGGAGGUGCAGUGCGAACCGGAAAAUUAGUCAAUUAUAAAAACACCUGGCGGGUGUGAAAUCAUA